UUGAUUCAAACUUUUUGCUGCAUUUCCAUUAAACUUUGACACCUUUAAAGGACAGGUAAAGAUGUCCGGCCUUUUAAACUGCUUGGCUUGUUAUUGUGUGAAAGAAAGCAAAUAAAUAGUACAUUUUAAAAAAUAAGUGGAAAAUAAAUGACAAAAAAAUGAUAAAAUAAGAAAAAAUAACAUACCUGAAUCCUGAGAAACUGACAGAAAUCAACAUAAUGUAAGAUGCAUUAAAUAUAUUUACAGAAAUGACAUACAGUGACGUUUGCACAUGAAGAAUAAAAAAUCGAGCUAUUUCAUGUUAAAUCCCAACAGAAUCAACAAAUGUGUAAUAUAUUGUAUGUAUGGUGACUGUUUUAAGUGACCAUCUCAACUCGAGCGUUGCUAAAACAUCAAGAAUUGUCAGUUCCCUCCUCUUUCAUGCAGAUAAACCUGUUGGAGCACAUAGCAUCCUUUGGGCAUGAUGUAAAUGCUCUCGUUUGACUAGUCAGGUUUUCAUUUGAGAGGCAGACAGAGACAAAGUAAGAGACUUCACCUUCUGUCCAACAUCUCAUCCACCAUGUCCUACGUGGCCGGGUCGUACGCGGCUAAGUCGUACGCGGACAAAGCCUAUGCCGACCGCUCGUACGCUGACAAAUCGUACGCAGAGAGCGCUUACACGGGCUACGAUGACGCAGCCAAGUCGGUAUACGAAAAGCAGCUUCUGAAGGAAAAGAAGAAACGGAAAGAAGCGAUGCACUGUGAAGUCGUCGCUCUCGUGAUCGGAUUCAUCGGGUUAAUCGGUGUCGCCGCCGUCACGGGUCUCCCUAUGUGGAAGGUGACUGCGUUCAUCGAGGAGAACAUCAUCGUUAUGGAGACGCGUUGGGAAGGGUUAUGGAUGAACUGUUACCGCCAAGCCAACAUCCGCAUGCAGUGCAAAGUGUACGACUCCCUGCUCUUCCUACCUGCCGAGCUCCAGGCUGCCCGUGGCCUCAUGUGCACCGCCGUGGCUUUGACGACAAUCGCCUGUGUCGUCUCGACCGUAGGGAUGAGGUGCACACGGCUUGUGGACUCGCGCCCACGUGUCAAACACGUCGUCUUGGUGUGUGGUGGAUGUCUGUUCCUGGGAGGAUGUAUAGCCACCAUCAUUCCUGUCUCCUGGACGGCUAACGUCAUCAUCCGAGAUUUUUACAACCCCCUGAUAAUUGACGCACAGCGGCGGGAGCUCGGCGAGGCGCUUUACAUCGGCUGGGUCACCUCGGCGUUGUGUUUCAUCGCCGGGGUGAUACUUCUGUGCCGCCACGCACCAAGAAUAGAAGACAAAGAAGACAUUAGCUCUGUGUUGUACCGAGCCCAGUACACUCCAACCAACAUGUAUCAACCUGGAUAUUCCUACCAACCUGCUUACAACUACCAACCUGCUUACGCCUACCAACCACCGUCUGGUACCUACGUACCGUCUGCUUACUAAAGAAUAGGAAUGAAAUUUUCUGUAGCUGUUUUGACCUCUUGUAAUGAAAUGUAAUGGAACAUGUACUCAUCAGUGUAUAUAAUGGACUCAUCAGUGUAUAUAAUGAAUCAUAGAUUUCCUUUACAAAAUAUUACAAGAAGGCUGUUACAUAUUAUUUUGAUUUAAUUGUUUCAAUUGUUGUUUUAUAUAAUUUUUUUUAAGUGAAGUUAUUUUUUUCCAAUGGAUUUGACUUUGCGUAACGGACCGAACUGUAGCAACGAGCUCUCUGUGAUCGUUUUAGUUAAAUAACGUUCAGCACUAGAUGUACAAAUAAAAUAAAUAAAUAAAUAAAUAACAUCCGGGAUGAUUGGUCAUGUGACCUGUUAUGGACAUCGAACACACACACACACACACACACACACACACACACACACACACACACACACACACACACACACACACACUAUGAAGUUAACCAGCUCUUGAAAGCUCUUGUCAAAGUGUUUAAAACAAUUUUUAAUUUUCGAUUAAGUACGUUUUGUUUUAUAUGUUUCGAUGUUAUAAAUAAAAUGAUUCGAUUGCAUAAAGAACGAAGAAUGUUA